AUGCAAAUCAUCAUAUUAAGACUGGCGGCUGUGCUUUGUCUCGGGACACUUGCCUUGUCUACUAUACAACCAACUGCCACAACACCACCACAGUUGCCUUCCAAGGAACGUCCACGAGGGUGCGACUGCUUCACUGUCUCUGGUCCUGAUCCUGGAUACUUCCAGCACUACAAACUCUGGGACUUUCGAACAGUCGAUUUAAGCAAACAUGCCCAUCUCAAUCUCACAGAUUCUCUUUCAGAUGGUGAAAGGGACUGGGAUGAUGAUGACGAAGGCGAUGAGGAAGGGCAGAACAUAGCCUAUACCACGGCUCCACCUUACGGCAAGAAGAAGUCCGACCCUAGCUCCCUGGUCUUCUUCAAAACCGCCUUCGAGCGAGAUUGGAGCAGUCAAGACUGGGAACGCCAGCGCUCCCCCAAAGCCCCAGUUUACAUGGUCAACUCGAAACACAACGUCUUUCUCACCAAGGAUUAUGAGCGUGAAGAUCCUCAUGCAACUUACCUCGUUCUGCGCACCACCCGCCAUGACAACUACACAUCCACCGCAGAGAUUGAAACUCGCGUCCAUAACAUCUACCGUUGUUCGCUUCGUGUCCGACUGCGCUUCUUGCCGGCAAACUUCAUCGUGUCCCAGCCACCACAGCCGAGAGAAUGGCCACCGCGGGAUCCACUGAAACACGCCAUCGCGCCUUUAAAUAACCGGACUACAAUGGGCAACCGAACAGUUCCGUUCCAUGAGGGAAGCCCGCCCCCAGGCGCAUGCGCCGGCAUCUUUACCUACCACGAUCAUCAUUCUGAAUCAGAUAUUGAAAUUCUGACACGAGACCCAACACAUCGUGUGCGCUAUGCCAAUCAGCCAGACUACGACCCUGUGACCGAUCAGCAAAUCCCUGGGGCAAGCACGGUAGCGGAUCUCCCCAUCCCGUGGACAUCAUGGGCCACGCAUCGUCUGGACUGGCUUUCGGACAUAUCACGAUGGUUUGUGAACGACCAGAUACAAGAUGCCAAGUCCUAUCGAGUCCCUGAGCUGGAAAGCAUGAUUGUGCUCAAUCUUUGGAGUGAUGGCGGGGCGUGGACUGGCGACAUCAAAAUCGGCGAAAGUAUAUACAUGGGCAUUGAAUAUAUCGAGCUGGUCUACAAUCGUUCUACCGAUGCCCCCGGUUGGAAUUUCUCUUCUCAGCAUCAUAAUGACCAGCAAAGAUUUCCUUUCGCAAAUACUUCCAUCAUUGACAACGAUUCGAGCCACGGGAAUUCUUCUGAUGAAAAGCAUGCUUGUCCCCCAGGAAGACAGGGGCGCGAGUGUAGAAAGGGGGAUACAGGAAUCCGCCUCAUCAUGAAUUUUGCCAGAGAUCAUGCAACAUCGAUGGAAUUGAGCCUUGGCAUGCUGGGUGACCAUUGUGCUAUCAGUCGUUUUGGACAUUAUUAUCUUUUCUUGGAGGAUGUUGAGCACCGGCGGGGAUUGGCGACAUGGGUAUACUGUAUUCUCUAUCGAGCACACAGAAUACAGAGACCUUGA